AUGUUAGAUAAAUCAGCACGUCGCAUUGCCCAGAUCAGAACCAAGCACUCAUUUCUCUGUUUUGUUUGUUUUCCACAGCUAAGCCAUUCCGUCACUGAGCAGACGCCCACUCUAACUCCGAGUCCUGAGCACUUCAUCCAGAAGAGAGAUGUAUCCCGUGAAAUCCUGUCUGAGCUGGACACGCUGACCUGCUCCCAAGCACAAUGCCUGAGGCUGAACUGUGUGGUGGGCCUGUUGGGUAAAGACGCCAGCGUGCUCUUGAAGGUGCGAUUCCGACUCUGGGCAGAGACCUUUAUCAAGAGAAAGUUUCGGCCUUAUGUGCUGGAAUGCCAGGCUUCUUAUGAUGUACUCCAGAUGCCCUAUGAAAUCCUACCAAGCAGUCUACCCAGUGGAAUGAUUCAGAGAAGCACUUCGGUGGUGUGGACGAAGCAGAAUACUACCCACUCAGUUCCCCUUUGGAUCAUCGUUCUUGCUGUCCUGGCGGGGCUGCUCCUCCUGGCACUUCUCAUCUACGUGCUUUAUAAAGUAAGUCUCUGUGUUUGGGUUGGGCAGCCACAUUAAUGAACUACUUAAUCC